AUGACGAGCCCAAAUCCGUGGAGCAAAACGGGUCUGGGGCUCAAAGGUGACAGCCCUGAUACCGCCCUACCUGCCCCUAAUUCUCCCCAGCCUUGUCUCUCCAUGGGAGGCCAUCAAGAGGCGCGAACGGCCGAUCCCCAAAUUCCCAAGACUCCCCCCUGCAUCUCGAAUGCACCUGGUUCAACACAAGCCGGGACCCCCAUCGAACCACCCAGCGCUUUGGCUUGUAUGCCAAUGGCAGUCAUCGAUAAACAAGCCUCUGAAUCGCAGCGUGAUGCUCGAAAGCUGUCACCAACGGCCUCUUGUUUCCAGCCGAGUUCGAGCUUUCUCGUUAACAGCCGCCACGACGCUCUAGGUGGAUCAUAUGCCCCCCUCAUGUCGCCCUACGCCGCGAUGACUUCACAGUUAUCGAGUGCCGAGCUUGGGGUCUCCCGUCACCUCCUUUUCACAUCAUCUAGCAGCACCGUCAUCCCAGCAGAUGUCGAUGUGUUUAUGGAAACUCUGCGCCAGCUCGGAUUCCAGUGCAAGGGCACAAGGGUCUCGCAAGCCCUUGGGACAUUCACGUCUGUCUACUUCACGGACAUUCGGGAUGCGUGUUUCGUAUUUGCAAAUUCCUACCGCUCGCACAUGAAUUGGAAUGUUCAGUAUGUGUCCGGCAUCACAAAUGCGAACCCGCCUCCAAGCUGUACAGCGUUGCCAGAAGGUCAAAUAAUGGUCGUCGCAACCGUACAGUCUGGUGUGAAGCUUGACGACCACGGUGCGGAGGCCGCCAUUUGUCAGUUGCUCCAUUCCCAUUCGGAAAUCUUCUCGAUGAAGCAGCUAGCCCCCUUCCGGGGCGGAGUAUUCAGGGUCAUCGUUGAAUAUUGUGACGCUGGAGCGGCGCAUAGAGCGGUGACAAGACUUACCGGAAUGGCCAUAGAGGGGGUGCAAAUCGAGGCGACCGCGCAUUCCCAGGACCUUACUACACCUUCCAAUAGGUUUCUUCAAAUCCCUGCGGAUCAGAUGAUUCACCGAGAAGGGUACGUGGGUGAGAUCUCCUGCAUCAGUGAAGAAUCACCCAGUCGAGCGGAUGGCCCAGGGUAUAAGCAGGUGGGUGGAAUUCAGCAACAGGUUGAGCGGUUGCCCAUGUCGCCAGACUCGCUGCGGUCUCCGGGAAGCAUGUAUUCGGUCAUCAUGCUUCGAAACAUCCCAAACAAGGUUGACCAGGCUAUGCUUAAACGGAUUGUCGAUGAGUCGAGCUGGGGGAAGUACGACUUCAUGUAUUUGAGGAUUGAUUUUGCAAAUGACUGCAAGAAUUGUUUCAAGAGCGACAAGGUUGCGGAAAUAUCAUAUGCGACCAUCCAGGGAAAAGAUUGUCUCGUCCAGAAGUUUCGAAAUAGCUCCGUGAUGCUGGAGCCACCUCACUAUCGGCCCAAGCUGUUUUUUACCUCCAAUGGUCCGAAACCUGAGCUAGCUGGCCAGGAGGAGCCAUUCCCGAAACCCGAUAACCAGUCCAAGAUGAAAAGGAGCUGUGAGAACGCCGAGCACGUUGGCCAACACUUUCGUGACGAACAACGCCGCCGGCGUUCACAGUAUGAUCGCGGUACGAGACUAGCAGCCCUCGAGGAGUAUGAGUAUGACGCUUCCAUCCAGCAUCCCCACGACCAGCGCUACUAG